GCCGGGCGGAAGAUGCAGUCAGAGAGCUCCUCACAGGCUCGCAGUGUCCUGCUGGUGGAGGCAUUCUACGGCGGCUCCCACAAACAGCUGAUCGACUUGCUGCAACAAAACAUUGGCGGCUGCUCCGUCUUCACGCUACCCGCUAAGAAAUGGCACUGGAGGGCGAGAACAGCGGCGCUGUACUUCAGCCAGACCAUCCCCACCUGUCCGUCAUACAGAGUUCUGUUCAGCAGCUCAGUCCUGAACCUGUGUGAGCUGGUAGCUCUCAGACCAGAUUUGUCCCGUCUGAAGAAGGUUCUGUACUUCCACGAGAACCAGCUGGUUUAUCCAGUCCGCAAAGACCAGGAGAGAGACUUCCAGUAUGGAUACAACCAGAUCCUCUCAUGCCUGGUGUCGGACGUGGUGGUGUUUAACUCCGUCUUCAACAUGGACUCCUUCCUGUCCUCCAUCUCAUCCUUCAUGAAGAAGAUCCCAGACCACAGACCCAAAGACCUGGACCUGCUCAUCCGGCCCAAGUGUGUGGUUCUGCACUACCCGGUCCAGUUCCCUGAUGUCUGCAGGCUGCUGCCCAAACACAAACUCCUCCGUAGGCCAGCAGAGCCAUCUCAUGGUGAUGACAUCAUCAUAGUGCAGAAUGACCAGCAGCAGCAGACUCAAAGGAGUGAAGAGCAGCAGCAGGAGGAUCCACAUGAGUCCAGAUCUGAUCCCAGAACAGAUCAGAGACCAGGUAGUGAAGACCAGGUGAAACCUCUGCACAUCGUCUGGCCUCACAGGUGGGAACAUGAUAAGGACCCUGACCUGUUCUUCUCCACUCUGAUCAAACUGAAGGAGAGACAAGUCGACUUUCAUCUGUCGGUGCUUGGAGAGACUUUCACUGAUGUGCCAGAGAUCUUCUUGGAGGCCAGGCGUCUGCUGGACGGUCACAUACUGAACUGGGGUUUCCUGUCCUCCAAAGAGGAUUACCUGCGAGUGCUGAGUGAGGCUGACGUGGUCAUCUCCACAGCCAAACACGAGUUCUUUGGAGUCGCCAUGUUAGAGGCGGUUCAUUGUGGCUGUUAUCCUCUGUGUCCGAAGGCUCUCGUGUAUCCCGAAAUAUUUCCAGCAGAGUACCUGUACUCCACACCUGAGCAGCUCUGUAAACGGCUGCAGGGACUUUGCAGGAGGCCCGACGUCGUCCGCAGACACAUUGUCAAGGUUGACACCUCCGCCUUCUCCUGGACAUCUCUGAAGGAGCGUUAUGAGACUCUACUGGCAGCUGAGUGUCCCUGAAUGCACCGUGGCAGCUCGGACCAGGGUAAUCUGCCCUCAUUAGCUUUGAUGUCCCCGAACGCACUAUGGCAGCUCAGACCCGGGCACUCUGCCUUCAUUAGCUCUGGAGUCCCUGAACACACCGCGGACCCGGGCACUGUGCCUUCAUUAGCUCUGGAGUCCCUGAACACACCGCGGACCCGGGCACUGUGCCUUCAUUAGCUCUGGAUGGUUUGGAGGUUGUCGUCAUGCCUGACUCUGCGCCAUGUCCCGCAGAAAGCGGCGGUGACUUCCAGCCAGAGCGUCUCAGGCACCUCUGAGCCCAGAAUCAAAGGCAGCACGGCGGGCCGGAGACGCCGAGUCUGGACCUGUAAACGUCCCCGUCCUCUCGCUCUCUUUUAUGUCUGUGGUUUGGGUGGAGGAGGGGGGGUUAACGUGUAAAAGCUUUCAUGUUUCCACAGGCGGUGCCACCUCAUAUAUCCGGCUGGAUCCAUUUUUACCCUUUGUGCUGUUGUGGUGGUGUUGUUGACCACAGAGACUGAGCGGCAGCCAGGCUGUGGUUUGUGUCUGUAGCCCCACCUGAGCUGCAGCCAGGUUCACUCCGAGACACACUUAAACACUCCACAGAGAAACAAACUGCAACUGGAACAUAAAUAAGAUUUUAUCAGACAUGUUUCUGAUCAGCUCACUGCUGCCUGUUCAAUAAGGUGUCCGUUCAAAAAUGAAAAAGUAUAAACCAAUAAUUUAAAUAUUAAACAGGUAAUAAAUGAUGUUCAGUCCUCAGAAGCUGCAGCAGCUCGUCUCAUCACUAAGAACUGAUCCUGGCUCAGUUUUCUGUCUUUGCGUUUGAAGUUAAGAUGUGUGAGCAGCUCACAGCUCCAGGCCUCAGGUCAGUGAUCCAGCUCCUGCAGCUACAGACCAACCAACCACUGUGUGUUUAUAACUGACCUCAGGUCAGAGGAGAGAACGCUCUAAUCACACUUUGAUCCACAGCGACAGCAGCAACGCCACUGAGCACGCUCAGACGCCUCAACCAGAACCUCCUCAGACCGUCCUCUCAACACAACAGUCCUCCCUGAGCACACUCAGACCCCCACAAUUCUGCCACUAAAGGGUAGCAUUGUGAGAUGUGUAGAGUCAACAUGUUAACACACACACACACAGUGAACGUGUGUAUUAACAGGCCAAUGAAAAGCUUUAAUGCUUCUGUGCUUUAUGAAAUCGGCAGUAAAAACUUUAUUAGUCUCAAGUUGUUCUGGAGGUUUACGAUGUCAUUAGGUCGUGACCUCAGUUCCACGCUGAUGUCACUAUCGACCUGUGUGGUGGUUACAGACUGUACUACAGCUUCAUUGUACACACUGUGAAGCUAACUGGACUGUGAAGCUAACUCUAAGGACUUUGAAGCUAACUCUGAGCUAACUAAACUUUGAAGCUAAUUCUGAGCAAUCUGAACUUUGAUGCUAACCCUAAGCUAAGUGGACUUUGAAGCUAACACUAAGAACUUUGAAGCUAACUCUUGAUUUAACUGAACUUCAAAGCUUACUUUGAGCUGACUGGACCUAGAUGCAUACGCUGAGCUAACUGGAAUUUGAAGCUAACACUAGGGACUUUGAAGCUAACUCUGAGUUUACGGAACUUUAAAGCUAACUAUGAGCUAACGGGAUAUUGAAACUAACUAGGUCUUUGAAGCUAAUCCUGAGCUAACUGAACUUUGAAGCUUUCCCAAGGCUAAGUGGAUUUUGAAGCUAAUAGGAGCUAACUGGACUAUUAAGUUAACUCUGAGAUAACUGGACCUAGAUGCUAACUCUGAACUAACAGGACUUUGAAGCUGACUCUGAGGUAACUAGACUUUAAGGCUAACUCUGAGCUAACUGGACUGUGAAGCUAACUGAGCUAACUGAGCUAACUGGACUUUCAAGCUUUCUUUAAGCUAACUGGACUUUUAAACUAACUAAACCUAGAGUAUCUGUCAGUUUAGUUUAUUUGCAGGUUAAAUUCAAACAAACACCCAAAGAAUGUUUUAAACCAUUGAGUAGGGAGAGGGAAAAAAUGUGUGUUUAUUGAUAACCUUGACAUGGUUCAUGAUUGCUACUAUAGAUCUGCUCUGAGAAACAUUUUUAACCAAAGGAGAACAAGAGUUCUGUUAGUGAACAAAAGCCUCUAAUGUAUUUUGGCUGGUUAUUGUUGCUGUAGUGCUUUGUCAGUUGACCCAGUUACAUGUUUGUGAGGACCAUGUGUGUGUUCAGAGCAGCUGUUUGUUUAUUAACAGACACACAGACACAGUCUGCUGCAGGUGAAACAUUUCACCUAAGGACGACAUCAUCACCUUCACCUGGUCAUGUGACACCGUGUGAUGCUGUUUUUAAAAAUGGUCAUGACAAUAAUU